AGCAUCGUCUUGCUCUGUCCGGACAGGGACAAAGUACAAUUUCGUUUGGCCUCUCUCUCUCUCUCUCUCGCAACAUAGAUCACAUCAACUGGUCAUCUGAGUCUCGUGGGACGGAUCGAAGCCAUGUCGUCGAUGCCGUUCGAGUACGAGGUGAACCACAGCAGGGUGCGGACGAACGGGAUAUGGAUGCACGUGGCGGAGAAAGGGGAGGGCCCCGACCUGGUGCUCCUCCUCCACGGCUUCCCCCAGACGUGGUACGCCUGGCGCCACCAGAUGGCCUUCCUCGCCGCCCGCGGCUUCCGCGCAGUCGCCCCCGACCUCCGGGGCUACGGCGACUCCGACUCCCCUGUCAGCCCCAGCGCCUACUCCGUCCUCCACCUCGUCGGCGACCUCGUCGGCCUCCUCGACCACCUCGGCCAUCGCCAGGCAUUUGUGGUGGGGCAUGACUGGGGAGCAGUUGCUGGAUGGUUCCUGAGCUUGUUCAGGCCUGAAAUGGUGAAGGGUCUGGUCGCUCUCUCUGCUCCAUAUUCCCCUAGAUCGCCUGGUAUCAGCACUCUUGAAUCAUACAAGCCGCUCGGGGAUGGUUUCUUCAUCACUCAAUUUCAGAAGCCGGGAAGAGCAGAGCGGGCAUUUGCGAGGUACGACUAUUUGACGGUGAUGAAGAAGCUGCUCUUGCACAACAGAAAGGAGAUACUGAUUGCUCCUCCUGGGAUGGAGAUAAUUGACUUCCUGGAAACUCCGGCCACGUUGCCCUCCUGGAUUACCGAAGAAGAUUUGCAGGUCUACGCCGACAAAUUUCAGGAGUCGGGUUUCACUGGCCCUCUCAACUACUACCGAGCUAUGGACUUGGAUUGGGAGCUUCUGGGGCCAUGGGAUGGGGCAAAAAUCACAGUGCCUGCCAAGUUCAUAGUCGGCAACAAGGAGGCGGGUUUCGAGGUGGCGGGUGCCAAGGACUACAUAAAAGGAAACAUUUUCAAGAACCUCAUUCCCAAUCUCGAGGUUGUCAUUCUAGAUGGGCACCGUUUCAUCCACGAGGAGAGAGCGCAGCAAGUUUGCGACGAAAUUCUCAACUUCUUCCGUAAACUUUCUGAUGAAUAGCAACUUCGAUUGGUCUUGAUCAUACUGAAAGUUUCUCAAUGUGCCAUUACCACCCCCACUUUCUCUCCACUGUGCAGUGUACUCGUUAAUGUCAGUUGAACAAAAGAAUGCGAUCGUUGUCAUCGUCCCAUGCUUCUUCGUUUUCA